AUGCUUCAAUUGCUGGUAAAUAACAGACCCAGAAUCAAGCAAUCUACAUUAGAUACUGGUGAUGGCAAUGCUGGCCCAGCAUAUACCAACAAUGACAAUCAAUUACAUGAAAUAUUGAAAGAUGCUGCAGCUGAUGCAGAAUUGUCAUGCCUAGAAAACAAAAUCCUGGUUGAAGAAGAUCCAGAAAUUGACAAAGAUCCAGAAAUUGACAAAGAUCCAGAAAUUGACAAAGAUCCAGAAAUUGACAAAGAUCCAGAAAUUGACAAAGAUUCAGGGCCAAUGAAUACUCAAGUAACAAUACUGAUUCUUGAGAAUGAAUCAUCAGAAGCUAUUCCACACUUACAGGCCAAAGCAUAUGAUUAA